GUAAUAAGCCGGGAUUCAACCAACAGUCCAGACACGAGCGACGCGUCGGGAGAUGAAUGUAUUUUCCCCUUCAAAGUUCGCGGAGCACCAGUAAAACGUUCCGCAGGAUAUCAGCCUGAGCUUGCUUGUCUGGUUCCAUGGGCGAGUGCGUCGCAAGCUGACACCGUGACAACCACAGCCCUCAAUUCUGCAUUCGGUGUAAUUGCCCUCGGCUUGUCAAAUGGCUUGGCUCUAGUCGAUAUUGCCCAGUGUGCUUUGAUAUACGCAUGGAAUACGUCGGAGUUGUAUGGAUCAGAUCCUACGCCAGCGAUCCAGUUACAGGUCGCUGACGCUUCACCUAGUCCUGCCGAGCUCGAACAGCAUAAAGAGGAUGAAGAAAUGGUUCGAUCAUCAGAAGUACAUUUUCAACGGAAGUCGUUGUCACCAAGGUCUGCCGGCGAGAAAACUGUCACAGUGUUCCGAAGAAACACCGCAGAAUUCGCCACUUCAAUUCGUGAUCGUUAUCGCGACAAAUUACUUGAACCAGAUCGACCUCUGGUUGCUGGAGAGAUCACGACUGCGGAAAUAUCCUUCCGACAAGGACGGUGCUAUUCCGAUAAAUCGUCAUCCACGUCCAUAGGAAUCAUGCGACGCCUCACGAAGAAAGGCACGGCAGUUGCACGAAGCUUUUCGUUUCACUCCCAUGCGCAUGAAGGUCAGUUUGUGUUGAGUAGUCUACGUUUUCAGGCGCUGCUGUAG